AUUUUUAUGCAAAUGCCAAAUGCCGCUUACAAAGUGCAAACACGUGUUGAUUUUGUUUUUUUAAGCAGAUUUUAGCAUUAAAUAAACAAUAAUGGUGCUGUGCAAUGUUGAUUGCGUGAAGAGAAUAUCUCAAUAUUUGGAUGUCAUUCCUGGAAAGAUGCACAUGUCGGAAAAUAAUGUAGUGGCAAUGAGUAAUUUAUUGAAAAACCAAACAGUUGAGGGAUUCAGUACAAUCGUUCAAGCCAUGACGAAUUCUUCAAAUUUGAAGCAUCUUCUUGGCGAUGAUCCUGUAUCCCGAGCAUUGACACAACAAUGGCUCGAAUAUGCGUCUGUUUGUGCAAAUUACGCCGAUAAUUCUGCCAAUACCAAAAGAGUAUUAAAGGAACUGAAUAAUUUUCUUAACACCACCACGUAUUUGGGAGGAACGAAAAUUUCUGUCGCUGACAUCUCUUUGUAUCAUAUAUUACAUCCUAUAAUGAGAGACUUGACUCCUUUGGAGAAAAAGGAAUUUAUCCACAUGUCAAGGUGGUUUGAAAAUUUACAACAGGAUGAGAAAAUAAGACAGAAGUUAGAAUUAAUCAAUCUCAAUAUAAUGUAUAUGCACUUGUGAAGAAAAAAAAAAUCCCACCCUCUCUUUUUGGGCCCUAAAAAAUCAAUAUACACUCCUGAGGGUAAUUGACAGUUAUCAGCUGAUUAUUGUCACUGUGACAUUGUUACCAUUAUUACUCAUUGUAAGCAAGAAGAAUAUACGAAAAAAAAGAAUUUUUUUUAGAAAAGAAAUUUAAAUUUGGUAAAUUGUUAUCAAUUGAGUGAUAUGAUCUAUAAAAAUCGAAUACAAUUGAUAGUCACAAGAUGGCGUUCUUUGUACAAAAGUGCCGUAUGUUACGUGCGGAUUUACGUUAUUUACGCGCAGGCGUAAAAUCCGCGAUUUGAUUCGAUGUUCAAUCUUGGUUUAAUCCUUUGAAAAGGAAGGCGGAAAUAUUCAAAAUAAAACAAGUUAAUUUCCGUUAAAACGGAGGGAAAAACCUCGAAAAUAAGAAAGAUCAAUUAAUAAUUAAUAUUAAUAUCAAUUAAUUAUUAAUCCGACUCAUUUCACGAGUAAACCCAAUACAUUUAUUAUAUAUUAAAGUCAAACAUUACACAAGUCGAAGUUAUUCUUAAGGCUAUUUUUGGGACUACUCUGAAGUCCGUUACGAAAGAACUCCAAAAUAGAACUGAAUUCGUGAGGGAGCAUUUAUCCCUUGGUCCAUGGCAGAAUCUUUGCGCAUGCCCUGUUAUAGAGUUUGUAAAGUCUAUGAAGUUUUUAGAAUCACAACACUAACACUGCACUGCACUAAUACACGUAUAAACAUACUCUAUGUAUUGAAAACAUGUAUUACAACAAGUGAACAUAACCCUUUUGCAUUCACACUAAUUACACAAUUAUUAA